CAUCUAGUGGAGUUUUUCCGUUGGUUCUUUUGUUCUUCGCUGCUUUGACUCAACCCGACUUCCACGACACAUUGCCGAUCAAAAUGGUUCAAGACAUGAUGAAAGCUGUAGUCUUCAAAGGGCCGUACAAGGUUGCAAUUGAGGACCGGCCAAUUCCCAAGAUACAGGCACCUACUGAUAUCAUUGUUAAAGUAGACAAGACGGCGCUAUGUGGCAGCGAGCUCCACGUUUUCCGCGGUCUAGAAGCUUUGGAGGAAACGGACUUUAUCAUGGGCCAUGAGUUUACUGGGACAGUGGAAGACAUGGGAUCGGAUGUGCAGUCCUUGAAGAAGGGUGACCGCGUCGUAACCCCCUUCACGACUUCCUGCGGCAAAUGUUUCUACUGCAAACAAGAGUGCUCCUCGCGGUGCACUGAGAGCCAGCUGUUCGGCUGCCCAACGCUGGAUGGUGGUCAAGCUCAGUACGUUCGCGUCCCGCUGGCUGACUCUACCGUCAGCAAAGCGCCAGAGGGGAUCAAAGAUGAAGUGCUGGUGCUCAUGGCGGACAUUUUCCCUACGGGAUGGUUCGCAGCGCACAACGGGUUGAAGCACCUAACGAAGGAAGCAGCCAAAGAGAGCACUGUGGUGUUGGUGGGCUGCGGACCCGUUGCCCUGUGUGCUCUCGUCAACAUACUCGACUAUCAACCCAAACAUGUACUUGCAGUGGACUCGGUGCCCAGCAGAUUGGACCUUGCCAAAUCCUUGGGCGCAGAGCCGUGGAAUUUCCAGACUAACCGAAAAGGACUCGACGAGCGGGUCAAAGAGCUCACAGACGGGCGCGGGGCGGAUGUGAUUGUAGAAGUGGUAGGACUCUCGCCUGCACUAAGGAUGGGCUUUGAGCUCGUCAGGCCUUGGGGUACCAUAUCGAGUGUGGGAGUGCACAAUGGCGAGAUUCCCUUUACAGCAAACGAUGCGUACAACAAAAAUCUGAGAAUGCAAAUGGGACGGUGCCCUGUCCGCAGCGUGUUUGGAGAAUCUCUCGAAGCAUUGAAAAGACACCAGGACAAGUUUGGAUUCAUGGCAGACAAGGUGAUGGCAUUGAGCCAGGCGGUCGAAGGGUAUGAACUGUUUGACCAGAUGAAGGUGCAGAAGGUGGUCUUCCGGGCGCAGGAGUGA